AAUAGAGACGGAGCAUGCAUUAGGUUCUCUAUUCUGCAAUUCACUCUUUGUUCCAUCACUUCCCUCCCUUCUCUGGGAGUUUUUUUUUUUUUUUUUGUCUUUCCAUUUUUAUAAUCAUUUCCGUCACUUUCCCGAGAAAAUUCCAUCCACAAUCGUUCUCAUUUUCCUUCUCUUUUGCACUCUCGCCGCAAUUUUGCAUCGCGGUUUUUGAUUUAGGGUUUCCUUUUUUUCCUCAUCGGAUAACGGUGUUUUAGUUUUGGAUUGGAUAUGGGAAGCAUCGAUCGUUCCAAUGAACCGACGUUCAACACGAAUUUCACCGCGGAGGGAGUGACGGUUCUGAAGGAAAAAUUGAAUGAGAAACUUAAGGAGUUCAUGGGGAAUUACACUGAUGAAACUCUUGUGGAAUAUGUUAUUGUGUUACUAAGGAAUGGUAGGGGCAAAGAUCAUGCAAAGAAUGAGUUGAAUAUGUUUUUGGGGGAUGACAGUGAUUCUUUUGUGUCCUGGCUGUGGGAUCAUCUGGCUCUGAAUAUAGAUUUAUAUGUACAAUCCAAAGGAUUGCAGGAUGAAGCUCCCAAAAGCAAGCUCCUAUCAAAGGUCGAAGAUGGAGAUGAUGGUCUUCAGAAUUUGAAUUCAAAAUCAGAAAGAGUAAAGUCUAGAAGUCGCCGUAACAAAGAUUGGAAAGGGUUACUAGGGAGAGAAGCUGAAGCACAACUGCCACAGAGCUUUGUGGUUGACAGUAUGCAUUUGGAAGAAAAAGUCCAAUCUAAAGUCAACCGUGGUUCAAGGUCACUAUCUCCUGCACCACCUGUUCAGAGGAAAAGGGGUUGUGAUGUUGAACAACAGAAAACUAAGAGGGAUUCUGUUUCACAAGGAACUAUUGAUGCCCCUCGACGGUUGCUUCAGUUUGCAAUGCGAGAUGCAGUGGCGACUUCUAGGCCAUCUAAUUUGGGCACACCGGUGGAGCCCUCUUUAAAGCGUCUCCGUUCUGUAGUUUCAUCAUCCUUUGUUGAGUCAUCGAUGGUUGAACAUCCUCCUAGGAUGCAGACCAAUUCCAGGGUGGUAAACCCCAUGGCUUCCAUGUUUAAGGCUGUGGCAGAAGCUGCUGAAGGCGCGGUAAAGUUCAAAUCAUCAGCAAGUGUAUUCAAUCGGCUUGGUUGCGAUAUGCAUCAAUCAGAUGGUAUCAUGCAACUCAAAGAUAACCAAUAUCAGGAGCAAAGCCCAUUAUUAUAUCAUAAAAACAAUGACUAUGGUGAUCAGUAUGCUGCAAAUAUGACGACGUUUGAACAUGAAACUGGUAUUCCUUUUGAUUCUACUUCAGAUAAUGAAGGGUUUGAUGAUGUUAAUUUCACGGGUAAUAGGGUGAGUAGAGUUUCUCAGUUAGGUUCUUAUGGUGGAAAGAGGGGUGACGAUUCACUGGCGGCACAUUAUAGUGUAGCCAAAAAUGAUGAUUGUACGCUUCUAAAAAAGAAUAGAAACCAGCAGCAAUCUGCUGCUACGCUUGAGAAUUCCGAGAUAGUGAAUGUUAAUCUAAAUGCUUGGAAUCCACCAAUCCCAGCACAAUACCACAAACCAAGAUCUGGUCUGAGCAUGGUUAAUGAGAAUGCCAAAAUGGUGAAAAUCGACGAUGGAAAAGUGAAACGUACUUUGGAUUUGCCGAAAGAGACUCAGAAGGCACAACCAUCAACUCCCGGUCCCAGUGCUGCUGGUUGUAAGUUAGAUGAUGCUAAUUCUCGAACCAUUUUUGCUAGCAAUGUUCAUUUUGCUGCUACCAAAGAUGCCAUAUGUCAGCAUUUUAAUAAAUUUGGGGAAGUGCUAAAAGCUGUUAUAGUUACUGAUGCGAUGACAGGGCAACCAAAAGGGGCAGCUUAUGUGGAGUUCAUGAGUAAAGAAGCAGCAGAUAAUGCGUUAUCACUGGAUGGAACUUCCUUCAUGUCACGUAUUCUUAAGGUUGUGAGGAAAAGUGCUGCACAAGACUAUGCUCCAGCCGUGCCAUGGCCACGUGGAGUUAGGGGAUCUCCACAUCCUUCUGCAAUGUUUUCAAGAGUUCCCAUUCCAACAGGUAUUGCUGGGGCAUUUAGACCUAGGCACCCGAUUAAAUUUGGUGCCAGGAGCUUGCAAUGGAAGCGGGACGCCCAAGGUACUUCAUCUGGCAACGGUGCAACUUUAAACAGCAGCAGUGUUUCCGCACCAGCUGGUCGAGGUUUCACCUAUGUCAGAGCAGAGUCUAAGCUAGAUAGCAGCUUGAAUACCACGUGAUUUAAUGGUCGCAGACUAGGUUUCAAAGGAGUAGUAUCUUCCUUUAUGUCUGAUGGCCUAAAAACUAAAGAAAACAAGCUUAUGAAUAUCAGGAGUCAUCCGGAACACAGAUUUUUGGAAUUUCAUUCUUUGUACAUGUUGGAGGACAUAUUUAGUAUCUAGAUAUUCAAGUUCAAGUUUAUAAAUGAAGUUUUAAUAAUGUCUUUUUUUCAUCUCUGGUUGUUGAAGCCACAGAUGAUAUCGGCAUAGAUUUUUGCAGAACGAUGAUGGAACCAUUGGGAUCCUGAUAUGAAAAUUUCCUCCCAGUGUUAUCCAUUCAGUACAAGAGAAGUUUCUGGAUGAUGUUGACCCUGACAUGGUCUUUUUGUCACCAGACUGUGUUAUGUUACUUUUUGUAAGUAUUGCCAGUGAAAGAAAAAUUGCAGCGGAAAAACAUAAACGAAUAGCGUUUAAUUGGGGUUCUUUCUAUUGCUUCAUUCAACUUCAUUGUGUACAUAGAUACUUGGUUCUUUCUACUGUUCCACUUUGUCCUUGCGGCUAAUGAUGCCUUGCUAGUGUUGCUACAAAUAUAACUUUGCUUUUAGUUUUCAUUCACGAGUGAA